AUGGCUGCGAAACCGGUACUCCUAAGAGAACUUGUCAUAGUUGUGGCUUCCGACACCGAAGCCAAACGAAUGAUAGUAUUCCACUGUCAGUCGUGUCAGGAAAUCGAAUAUAAAAACAUUGUGGCACAAGUAGGAGACUGGUUUUUGUAUAAUGGAAGCUUUGAACGAAUGGUCGUACCGGUGAAGACCGUGGUGUUCGAAGUUUACGGCAAGACCAGAAUAGAAGUAAGACUUUAUAUUGUUUUUCUUGUUUUUAGAUGUCGAUGUGAAGGUGAAUAUCAAAAUUUGCGAUUUUCUGUGAGAUAGCUGUCUUAAACCCAACGGGCAUUACUUUCCUUUUUUUAUUUUGGAGGAUUGUAAAUUUUGGAUUAUUUCAGAUUGAAACGCCGGCAAUUUGCAUUGCUCCUAGUCAGCUGUUUCCGGAGAUUGAAGGCGACGUCGAUAACUAUUUAUUCUCCCCGAUUGUUGGUCGAGUAGCUGUAGGAUUUGAGUGUAGGCUGGUGCCUGGAGUCAUAUAUGAUGUAAAGGCUGUAUAGUAUGUUAUGUUUAUCAUUUUUUAUAAUAUUUUUUCGUUGUUUGAUCGUUUUUUUUUCAGUAUGUCUUCGAGUACGAGACUGUUCCAAUGUAUAAGAGCGGUUGACAGCUGUCAUUUUAUUACUCAUAAGAACGGGAUUACAAGGAUAGAGGUGAGCAGAUAUAUUUUUUGGAUUUUCUUGUGUAGGAAAUUUGCGAUCACCAUUAUGUAAACAUGAUGGAUUACGUUGAAUUACGGAUAGAAGAGUAUGAUGGGAGAGGUGUAGCAACGGCAACUCAUUCUUCAAUGCCUGCGAAGGCAUUGGCCUACGUUAAAUCGAGCGGGCUUUACAUGGGUUGCAAGGUCAAGGCGCUGUUGCUGUAGGUUCUCAUUUUUUAAAACAUUUUCUUGAAAUAAUGAUCCUCAGCCUAAUGUUAUUUCAGCCCAAUCCGCAUUAAACCCACGAAAAAAAUAUACACUGCCAUAGAAACUACAAAGGACCCUGGCCGAUUCGCCGUUUAUGUGAACCCUGAUACACAUCAUAGUUUAGCAGUCAAUCAAGAGGGAGAAAGUUAUGUGGAGAAAAGGCUGAAGAGUCUGAAUAAUCCAGAGAACGACGAGAAUACGAAAAAGAUUAACAACAUUGAUUUGCACAAGAAAUAUGACAACGAGUUCCCAGGUCUUAAUUCAAGCAACAAAUGUAGGUCAGCUCAUUAGGGUUGUGUAUUCUCAUUUUUAGCUACUCCUCCAACAACAAAGAAUGGAUGGGAUGUGGUGACAAAGAAGAAGGUGAAACUGGUCAGUUCUCUUCCACCUCAAACUGUCAUUCUAUUACCUCCUCCAAUCAUGGAUUGUGAGCAUAUCCGACAAAAUCAAGUUCUUUGUGGCCUGGUGGUCUCUGUGGAUUCCAAUCAAAGAAUGUUCUACAUUUAUUGCCCGGAGCUUCCAAAUGAAAUGUCGCUGAUCAAUGUUUCUGAAAACCUCGUGCUGGGGAAUUGGGUCGACUUUAAAGUUGUUCACGACUCCAAGUAAGAACGGAUAAUAUAAAUGUUGAGCAUAUGGGCGAAGUCAUUGGUCAAUAUUGCAUUAUUUUUCUUUCAGAAGAAGAGUGCUUAGCGCAGAAUUUCUAAAGGUCAGCAAAGAGAAAAAAUACCCUGUUACGCCAUCAAGAAUGAAGAACUCGGUUACUGUAAGCUUCACUCCUUGUAUCCGAAUCAUAUUGUAAAAAAUUUGUAUCUAAAUUUGGUCUAGGUUGAAUGCGAGGUCCGUGUGCCAACGGAAUUUGACGAGAAGACGAAUAUGCUGGUCACCACUAACUUUGUUCCGAGAGUUAUUGGCCAUGGAAUCAAAAACAGUCAGCGCGGAAAGAGGAUUCCACGAAUGAUGAUUGUCAGAACUAAGUACACGGGACAGGAAGAGAUCUACAAGAACGUGUUCUGGGUUAUCAACAGAAAUUCCGUCUGA